AGGUCCUAGAAAAUAAGUGACUCAAGCAUUAUUCGAAAAAAGCUCAAUGAUAGCGAUCUGUGCUUCAGUCUCGUUCCUAUUUCCAAUAGCGAAGAGUCCCGUUUGCUCCGCAUUGCCCAUGCCCAUCGCGUCAUCUCAUCCGCCCUGCAAAAAUACGUCUGGCAACCCUUUUCCUUUGAUGGAGCAUUGCCAGACUCGCCUCUUAUGACUCUCCUUUCUGAUAUCUUUUCAGAGAUAUCUAGAAACAGUCUCUCGAAUAAUGGUACUGGACAUGUGGCUAGCUUUUGGAAAGCACUCACGACUCAUGCUCUUCAAUCUAUACCCAACCCUCUUUCAAAUCCGAAAUCAAAUGGAUCUUCACCACUUCCUUUAAUGGGUCGUGCUGUCAGAGUCGUCCACGAUGUUCUCUCAGUUCUAUCACCGUUAUUAACGCCUACCCAGGAGGAGGAUCUGCGGGAGGAGCUUUCGAAUCUUACCGAAUCUGCGAUUUCCUUAUGGACGUCUGCCGAAGCCGACGAGUCAAGGUUCAUCGCCAGCCUUACCCUCGACCCCGCAAACCGUGACGAGUGGCGCUCCAAAGAGUUCGACCCUCCUUUAUCAGACCCAACCAGCGAAGGAACCACAGCUGAGAUCGUCCCUCCGACAAAUCCGCGGAUCUUCACCCUCUUCCCACGUAUCACCGCCGAGAAGUUACCAAAUCCGGUCGAGAACCAGGCCGGGCUUCCUGGUAGCUGGCCCAGCGCCAAGCCGCCUCCUCGCACAGCCGAUGUCGUGUGCAUUCACGAGGGGGUAGGCCUGCCAGAAUGGUCCAGACUAGUGAUGAGCGGAAAACGGGAGCAGGUAGAGAUCGAAAGAGAGCUUGAGGAUGCAAAGGCAAUGGUUUUAAAAGAGCGUAAUAUGAGAGCGGCGAGGAACAACAGUAUGACUAGCAGCAGGAGCGGCUCGAUAGCAGGCUCGGUUUCUAGUCCAAUAAGUCCAAGUGCGUUGUGGAAUCGGGGGAGGACUGCGGUCGAGGAACGGGUAUGAACAAGAAUUGCGGUUAAUUAUUGGUGGUUCGAGAUGUAAGGUAAUGAAUGAUUGGAUGGUAUUGUUAGGAAAUAUAUUUUACAGGCGAGGAGUUUAUGUCUCUGUGAUGGGUCUCAGGUUGGGAUGGGAAUAUAUACGAAGUUCUCUUUUUGUUGGCUUUUCUUUAAUGUUAUGUAUUAUGUACACAACAAAUAUGUGGUUCGUACUUGCGCUUCUUCUCCUUAUAAUAAUCUAAAGGAUAGAGAGUUUUCACUAAUUUAAAUCUUUCC